UUUGUCCUGAUCUUCAUCUUCACAGUCAUCGUCAGUCACUUUGCAUGUCGCCGUCAUGUCAGACAGCAGAGAAGCCAUCUUGCCAACGCAGCCGCACUUCCUCAACUUUAAUAACCUUUCCUGCGAGAGCGUGGGUGCUAAGGUUUUGUUUGCUACUGAUGAAUGGUUCGCUCCAGCUGCUAACCUGCUCAAGCGAGAGCCUCCGCAGUUCAUUGCGUCCGCCUUCACCGAGUUCGGGAAGUGGAUGGACGGCUGGGAGACGAGGAGGAAACGAACACCAGGUCACGACUGGUGUGUGAUCCAGUUGGGGGUUCCGGGCCUCAUAUACAGUGUGGAUGUGGACACGUCUUUCUUUACAGGGAACCACCCACCCCACAUGUCCAUCCAGGGGGCGUGUCUCGAAGAGGAGCCUGACCUCUGCCUGGAGGGAGACAGAACCGGCAUGGCCGCCUCUGACAGCCAGCUGGCUGCCAUUGCCAAGCUGGGCUCAGAGGCAUGGCCGGACUUAGUGGGCCUGUCCGAGCUGAAGCCGGGAUACCCGGACCGUUGCCAUAACUACUUCCUGGUCCACUUCCCACACAGAAUCACACACCUGCGACUCAACCUGUAUCCUGAUGGAGGCGUGGCCAGAUUGCGUGUGUUUGGAGUUGGACAAAAAGAUUGGUCCUCAGUUUCGUCCAAUCAGGACAUCGACUUGCUCUCUCUGACCAAUGGAGGAGUCUGUCUUGGCUUUAGUGACGCCCACUUUGGCCAUCCGCGCAAUAUGAUUGGCGUGGGCCGGGCUUCCAACAUGGCUGACGGCUGGGAGACGGCGCGCAGACUGGAUAGACCCAAAAAGCUACAGGUGGACCAGCGCGGCAUCCUGCAGCUUCCUGGUCACGAGUGGGCGGUGUUUCGUUUGGGUCACGUGGGGGUCAUCCGUGCUGUGGAGGUGGACACCGCCCACUUUAAAGGUAACUUCCCUGACUCCUGCAAGGUGGAGGUCUGCACUUUGACCCCUGAGGAGGAAGCUCAGUGCCUUGCGACAAACUGGAAUUCUGGGAAAUGGCGCAUCCUGCUCCCAACACAGAAGCUACGUCCUGACGACAAUCACAUGUUCAACAUGGACGCCACGCACUCGCCCGCCACUCAUGCCCGCCUCAUCAUCGCACCUGAUGGAGGAGUCAGCCGCUUGCGACUUUGGGGGCGACCCAUCUUUGGGACGACAGCUCACUCUAAGCUCUGAUGGGAGCAGUAAUACCUGCAGCAAUCACUUCCAGUUGACCUUUCAAAUUAAAAGUCUACAUCCUCCUGA